GAGAGAGAGAGAGAGAGAGAGAGAGAGAGAGAGAGAGAGAGAGAGAGUGGAGAGUGUGUGAAAUGUUUUAACAGUCUCUAUCAAAAGUUGCAGCUCACAGCAGCAAAGAGCAGGGUAAUGGAGCCACAACAGAUCAGAGAGGGAUACUUGGUGAAAAAGGGUACAGUGCUAAACUCCUGGAAAGCUGUGUGGGUGGUGCUGUCAGAUGAUGGGGUGGAAUUCUAUAAAAAGAAAACAGACCAUUCUCCCAAAGGAAUGAUUCCCCUGAAGGGAGCCACACUCAUCAGUCCUUGCCAGGAUUUUGGCAAGAGGACGAUGGUUUUCAAGAUUACCACAGAGAAGAAGCAGGAUCACUUCUUCCAAGCCUCGCAUGUGGAGGAGAGAGAGUUUUGGGUCAAGGACAUCAAGAGGGCCAUUACCUGCAUACAGGGAGGAAAAAAGUUUGCCAGGAAGUCCACAAGACGCUCCAUUCGCCUGCCUGAAACAGUCAACCUGACUGAGCUGUACACACUGAUGAAAGACCAAGAUGAUGGAGUGAGAGAGUUAAAACUGGAGCAGGACAAUCGUGUCUUCAACCACUGUUUCACCGGUGCAACAGUGGUAGAGUGGCUGAUUUCAAAAGGAAAAGCGAGAAAUAGACCUGAGGCCCUCAUGUUAGCAACAGGGCUCCUGAAUGAGGGUUUUCUCCAGCCUGCGGGUGACAUGUCAAAAGGAGCAGAGAGUGCAGAGCAAACAGCCUUCUUAGAUCACACAAAUGCUCUUUAUUACUUUGCAGACAGUGGGUUCUUCUGUGAAGGCUACUCUAGUGAUGAAGAUGUGCUUUUGAAGGAAGAAUUCAGAGGAAACAUCAUAAAACAGGGCUGUUUACUUAAACAGGGACAUAGGAGAAAAAACUGGAAGGUCAGAAAGUUCAUACUGAGAGACGACCCCGCUUACAUGCAUUAUUAUGACCCUACAAAGGGUGAUGACCCCCUGGGCUCAAUCCAUCUCCGUGGAUCUGUAGUUACAGCUGUGGAGUAUGUGCCUGAUGCCAAAAAAUACGACAUUGACGGCAACCUCUUUGAGAUCAUCACCUCUGAUGAGACUCACUACUUCCUCCAAGCUGCUACAGCCGAGGAAAGAAAAGAGUGGAUCAAAGCAGUACAGGCAGUGUCAAAAGGUGGAAAAUAACAAGAGCAGUAGAGCAGCUGUGCAAUAUAUGCCAGCCACAGCUGAAUCUCUUGAUUGUAAAAUCUCAAAUUGUAAAUGUCUAUUACAUUUAACAGUGUGUCAUCUCAGUAUAACUGAAUUAUUAUCUUAACAUAGUGCUGUCAUACUAGAGUAACUGGCAAAAUUUACUCCUCUAUACACUAUCAAACUAAUGUUUUUGUGUAACUACUUAAUUUAACAAGUUUAACAGUAGGAUGAUAACAUUUGAUCAAUGUCUCAUUAUGUUUUUGUAUGCAAAUGAUCAAACAGUAUUGUGUAUUAGUAAGAACCUAGCAAUAUGAUAUGUAUCACAAUGGAAAGAAUAUAUAAAUAAAAACAAAAGUACAAAAUCUCAGUAAUAACAGGUUAUCAAUAGGUUAAUCUCACAAAAAUCUGGUUAUUUCAAGUUAAAGGUUUAUCAAUAAAAAUGGAGUAAUUUCACUAUAUGUAAAAUAAUAUUAGAUAUGGUGUUAUAUAGUUCAAAUUUAUAAUAAAACUACUAAUACCACUAAUUCUAAGUUUAAAAGUAAAAAUGUUGUACUAAUGUUUUUCCCCAUUAUAACCUUAAAUUAGUUUUUACCCACCAUUAUGCCAUAACAGAAAUGAAACCUCAUUAUCACAAGCUAUUACCAGGCUAUUAAUACCUGUGUAAUUGCAAUGUUAUUACCCUAGUACUACUGUGCUCAAGAUAUUACAACUUAUUGCCUUGUGAGUGCUACAGUUAUACUCAUUCUGGCAUCUAAAAUCACUCUAAUUUCAUUAUAUAACCCAUUUGCAAACUAACCAGGUAAGUAGGUUAAUGUUACUGCAUUUUCUAUAGAAAUAAGACAUCAUGGAAACUAUUUCACACUGUGAUCUGCGAUCAUCCUCAAAAAUACAGAUGAUAUACAUAUGCAUAAUUAUAUGUAGAUUCUAAAUCUUUUAACUUCCAAAAAGUCAAAAACAAACACUGAACAUAAAAGCCAGUUAGACAGUGAAGAGCAGUAACAUGAAAAAAGGUUGUAGUUAGAGGCUUAUUAUUCUUCCAAUGUGGUUUUCUGAUUUCCUCCCUGUUAACUUGUCUUUCAAAAGUUUGAGAUAGCUUGUGCUAUCAUGCAAGCACACUCAGUUCCUGAGUGUGAAAUAAGUCAGAAUCAUAUAACGCCUUCGCAGUUUAGUGUCAGUUUGUGGCUUACAGGCCUGUUGCAUCUGUGAAAGAAUGUAUCAGUGACAGAAAUGACUGCCUUGAGCUACAAUCGGACCACACACGAAAAGCUGUAGCUGUUUAAAAUGAUGACAACUGAGGUGAAUAUAAUUAAAAGAUGACUUCUACUUUA